AUGGCUACUCAAGUGAUUGCUUUGAUAGUGGCGAUCCUCUGUAUCUCGAAAACCAAUUAUGCCCUCGCCGGCGCCGGAGGUUUCGAGACGGAGCUCAUCCACCGUGACUCUCCUCUAUCUCCGACCUACGACCCAUCCGCCACCGAUGACGACCGCCUGAAAGCAGCUCUAAACCGCACGGUCUCACGACGGAACCUCAUUAGCGAGUCCAUAUCUGGAAGCCACUCCCAAUUCAGAUCGCGUCUCAUGUAUUACCAUUACGAGUUCUUGAUGAAGAUCCAAGUGGGAACCCCGCCGGUCACCAUAUACCCAAUUCUCGACACCGGAAGCGACAUUAUUUGGGCAAAAUGUUUGCCCUGCACCAAUUGUUCAUCCACAAGCCGACAUAACUAUAAUCCGGUUAAAUCCUCUUCUUAUCGAAUCAUUAAUUGCAACUCCACAACUUGUAAAACUCAAGGCACCCAAUGUGCAUCACGCCUUAAUAAAGACGCCGCCGCCGCUGGCGGCGGUGGUUCAUCGAGUGUCAAAGACUCGUGCCUAUUCUACGCCGCCUACGGAGACGGGUCAAUCACGAAAGGAAAUAUGGUCAGUGAAACGAUAGGACUCGGAUCGAAUAAGCUAGAUGGAAUAACUUUCGGUUGUGGACAUGACCUACAAGGGGUGUUUCCUGGAUCGGGUAUAGUCGGGUUAGGAACCGGGCCAAAUUCAUUGAUCAAGCAAAUGGGGAAAUCCAUCGGGGGUCGGUUCUCUUAUUGCCUACCGUCCGCAUUUGGAGACAAUCUAAGCCCGAGUAAGAUAAGUUUCGGUGACAAAGCAAUUAUGUCGGGUCCCGAAGUUGUAACUACGCCGAUUAUACCAAUGGAACCCUACACAUAUUACUACUUCAACAUAAAGGGUUUCACGGGUGCAAAUGGAAAAAAUAUCAAAAUGCAAGAAAGUGAUAUCGAAAUGCAAGAAAGUGAAAUGGAAGGUAACAUCAUAAUCGAUUCGGGUACGACUUUAACCUACUUGCCCAAAGAGGUUUACGAAGAAAUAGAACAAAGUUAUAGGAAAGCAAUUCAAGCAAAGCCGGUUAGAGAUCCAUUGGAUAGUUUGAAGCUUUGUUAUAAGUCUAAAGUGGAAAUCCCGAGUAUCAAGGUCCACUUAGGGAGUGGGUCGGAGUUGAAUUUGUCGUCGAAGAACACGUUUAUUCCUUCGGGUGAAGGCGUGGUGUGCCUCGCUGCGCUACCGGCUAAGUCUAUUGCCAUCUAUGGGAAUAUUUGGCAACAAAAUAUGCAUGUUGGUUAUGAUAUUGAAAAAAAACUUUUAUCUUUCAAACAUGGAUGCAAUAAGUACUAA